AUGAACAUCCAUCUAUAUCCAAUCUCAACCCAUUCCAUAUCAACUAUAUCCUUCAUACAUCAACUAUCAAACGGCAGAAGCCACCCACCCAAAGAAAGUCCCUCUUUAGACAGACCCAUCCUCAUCCCAACAAACAAAAUGGACCGCGAAAGACUCGAAAAUCUACGGCGCGAGAAUACCGAUCUCCUGGCCGACGAGAGCCCCCUGCGAGACCGCAUACAAGCCCGACAACAGCAAGUCCAGGUGCGCCAGUCACAAUUCCACGACCGAGAGUACCGCGCCCAUAGAGACAACGACCCCCUGCCGUCGCUGAACGAAAAACGCCUAUAUGACACGAUUAUGGAUGUACUUAUAGAAGAGAAUCAGAGAGACCUUCUCAAAUUGCACAAUAUCAGUCAACGGAGGGCGGAAAUUCGAGACGAGUUGCGCACGGCAGGAGUGCCGGAGCUAGAUGACGAUACGGUGUGGUUUUGGCUCUGCCUGACGGGGUGGUCUUGGUUCGGCCUGACGGUGAGACUUCGGUCGUUCUGGGUGACUGACCUGAUCGUGAAAUUUUGGUCUUGGUUUUGGGGUGAUCAGGGGCCGUUCAGCCAUUGGAUUGUGCUCUAUCUUUGUGGUCUCGUUCGGGGGUUUUGGGGUGAAUUGCUUCAUUACCUUGAGCUUUUAUGGCAGCUUGGUGCUGCUUUUUAG